AUAUAAAUACUGGAAAAAUAAUGAUCAUUUUCUCCUAAAUAAUUCAUAGAUAUUUCUGUAAUUAAUUUUACUUUAGGGUUUGUGUAUUUUCUCAAAAAUCGUAAUUUUCGGGGAAAAAUCAUCAUCCAUAUAGCAGCGACAUUGAAGAAACAAGGGUGUUUCAAUCCUCUAAAAGGAUCUUUCGAUGAUCAAUAGUCCUGAAUAUGAGUAAGGUGCUUGUCAGUGAUGGAAAACCCUUUGUGAGUUUUGAUCAAAUUUUGACGGCAGAAAUCAUUUGACUCAGUGGUUCUCCUCAGCAAAGACCUUGAUUCUAAUAGUUUAUACAGGGAGUCAUAUAGAAAUGGAAUGCAACAAAGAUGAGGCUUUAAAAGCUAAGGAACUUGCCGAGAAGAAGUUUGUGGAGAAGGAUAUAAUUGGAGCAAGGAAAUUUGCUUUGAAAGCUCAAAACUUGUUUCCUGGGCUAGAUGGUCUGCAACCUUUGUUGGUAACACUCAACGUUUACAUCUCUGCCGAGCGAAAAAUAAAUGGGGAAGUUGAUUGGUAUGGAGUACUUGGCGUUGAGCCAUCAAGUGAUGAUAAGACUGUGAAGAAGCAGUAUAGGAAACUUGCCCUUUCUCUCCACCCUGAUAAAAACAAAUCAGUUGGUGCAGAGGGAGCAUUUAAAAUCCUUUCAGAAGCUUGGAGUUUAUUGUCUGACAAAGCCAGGAGAAAAACUUAUGAUCAAAAGAGAAUUUUAAGGAAUAUGUUUGAUAAAGUUGUACCCAUGAAGCCUUCAGGACCUGCUAGCACGGACAGUCACCAUGGAUAUGUCAAAAAUGGUAAUUUUAGCAUAAGGAGUCAGAAUGCCCCAAAUCCCCAUUUAAAUUUAGUUCCUCCAAUCAAACGUAAUACAUUUUGGACUAUGUGUACUAGUUGCAAAAUGCAAUUUGAGUACAUUGUUCAGUACCUCAACAAGAAGCUUCAAUGCUACAGCUGCAAGGAGCCCUUUCUGGCAAUACAGAUCCCACCUCCAGAAACACAUUCUCAUCAGCCGCUGACUGCUCAAUUGCCCCAAGAUACUUUUAGCUACUCCUUUGCCUCUGUAACUUCAUCAGCAGGGAGAAAUACAGGACCACCAGCACCUUCCUCAGCUGCCCAAGCUAUGAAUGGGAUUCAGUUGCCACAUGGGAAUGUGAAGAGAAAGCAUGAAGUUUCACAAAUGAGUUCCACCAUGGAGGCUGUAAUGAAGAGUAAAACAAGUGCCUCUAAUAAGCCUAUUGCUGAUGAAGCUAAUGGAGCAUGUUCUGCAUGGAAGGGUGAAAAGCUUAAAAAAAGAAGACGGGCAAGUGAUCACAAGGUCUAUGACAGCGGCAUUGAAAACAAUGAUCCAUUGUUAAGGGGAAAUGGAUUUCAGAGUGGCAUCUCUGAAACAGAGAAGGCAACUACCGUUGGGACUAGAUUACCCGCAUUUUCAAGAGAGUUGUCACUACUCGAGACUCGAAAUAUGUUGAUGGCAAAGGCGAAGAAUGAAAUUUGCAAGCAGAUGAACAAAUGGAGGAACACAGAUGCCAAGCUUGUGGCUUUAAGAAAAAUUGCAUAUUCCAAAGUAAAAGAGAAGUCUAAAGAGGAAAUAUCUACUCUCAAAGCUCAGUCUAAUGCUGAAAUAAAUGGCAGAAAGCAGGGCUCAUAUGCAGGAUUCAAGCAUCCAGAAUGUAAUUUGAAGACUUCUUUCCCCUCUUCUAAAAAUGAUACAGAUGCUACCCAAAAUGUGCCUUUGUCUAUAACUGUCCCAGAUCCAGAUUUCCAUGAUUUUGACAAAAAACGGACUGAGAACUCUUUUGGUGACAGUCAAGUUUGGGCAGCUUAUGACGAUGAUGAUGGUAUGCCCCGGUACUAUGCGAUGAUUCAUAAUGUGAUUUCGAGGAAGCCAUUUAAGAUGCGCAUUAGUUGGCUUAACUCUAAAACCACCACUGAAUUUGGGACAAUCAAUUGGGUUGGUUGUGGCUUUUACAAAACCAGUGGUGAUUUUAGAGUAGGUAGGUAUGAAAUCAACAAAAGUGUAAAUUCCUUUUCACACAGAGUGAAAUGGACAAAAGGAAUAAGAGGGGUGAUCCAAAUAUACCCAAGUAAAGGGGAUGUUUGGGCUCUGUACAGGAAUUGGUCCCCUGAGUGGAAUGAGCAUACCCCAGAUGAGGUAAUACAUCAAUAUGAGAUGGUGGAGGUACUUGAAGAUUACAACGAAGAGGAAGGAGCAACUGUCAUUCCGCUGGUGAAAGUUGCUGGUUUCAAGACUGUGUUUCGCCAACACUUAGAUAAGGAACAUAUUAAGGUAAUUCCACGCGGAGAAAUGUUCAGAUUUUCACAUCAAGUUCCUUCCUUCUUGCUUACUGGGCAAGAAUCCCGUACUGCCCCAAAAGGAUGCUGGGAGCUUGACCCUGCUGCUACACCAUUGGAACUACUUCAGGUGAUGACGGAAGCCACAGAGGAGGUGACGAAGGAAAAUACUUGGAAAGUUGCAAGUAAUGGCAUAUCUGAUCUCAAAGAAGCAAAGUUGAAUGACCCUGCAAUAAGUGAAACCAUGAAAAUGGGAGAUGAGGUAACUGUUCAGGUGGGUGCUACUAUCGGAUAACGUCCCACGUUGAUCAAUUUUCCUUGAAUAAAAGAAAGUUAUAUAGAAAUAUUAUUUGAUCAUGAAAUUAGUUUGAGGAAUCGUUUUUUCGAGUACUGAAGACUUGAAAGGAACUUGAGACAUCAGUGUGGGAAUUUGAUGGAGUAACGGAUUGUUCUUCACUUUUUGCUCGGGAGGAUAUCAACGGCGUAAAUUUUUUUUGGAGACUGACUCAAAUGGGAUACUUUGUGUAGUGUACAGCUUCACUUACCACAGGUACACAGGUCUUUUUUGCUAUAUAGGUACAGAAACUCGGAAAAGUCCACAUUUAUUCUAUAACUUCAUUUACGGUCUAAAAAUAGUUGAGAAGGUAAAAUUUAGGAUGCAAUUUUUUGAAAGCUUUCCAUGAUAGCAAAUUCUUACUUUUGUUUAUUUCUACCUGGUAAUUGUCAUUUUGUCAAUGUCCUUUGCAAAGACUAAUUUUACAGACUUGUUAUUUUCGUUUAAA